AUGACCAGAACGCGAGACACAACCAAGGGUCUUUCGCACGCUUUCUCUUCCAACAAAUGCUUCAAAAGUGAGUUACUAAGCAUUCCAUUACCUUUGAUGUUGAAGGCUUUGAAGACACCGAGAGACGACGUCAUCGAGCGGCGCCACCGCGAGGGUGACAACCACAUUAUCACGGGGCCUUUCCGGGGUCGUGAUACCAGGCACCAAACAUCGCGUUGUUCAGGUCUAAUUCUCGAGGAAGCAAAGCCGCCACCAUCUGAGAUCAACAACGAGGCCGUCGCGACGGAUACCGAAGAAUAA